AUGAUCUACCAGAUCGACUUUGGUACUGAUCCAAAUUGCACAAAGUUCUCAAAAGUACUCACUUGUGAUGAGAUGAACAAUAUCAUAUCAAUAUACAUUGACAACUCAACUGUUGUUGGUGUGGACUCAACAGCUACUGCUCAGACCAAACUUGAUCUUCCCUAUCUCCAAUCACUUGUUGUUGUCAAAAGGACACCUGUCCAGAACAUACAUCCAAUGAACCUGAUGGAAGGACUGCCAAUCAAGACCAUCAUCACCAACACCUAUCCAUACCCUGGUAUAGUGAACAUUGAGGCCAACUAUGACCUGGACUCACUAGUCACUUUAGAUCUUACAGGAUCAUUACUAAGUGGAAACUUUCCAGUCUUUGCAUUUGGUUGUGUAAACAUUACAACAUUCAAGAUAAGAGGCAACCUAUUCAGAUACAAUGGCAUGUCAAUUCCAAACAGCGGAACAUCUUUAAUGACCACCCUGACUUUAGGACUCAACGCUGGAUUCAAUCUUACACUUGAGAAUCUACCAAAUCUUAUUAGCCUUAAUGUCGAGGCCAAUCUAACUGGACCAGCAUGUCUUCUUCAACUUAAUGGAGGUGCAUCAACAAUUGAAUCAGUUACACUGACAAACUUGGUUAUGGGACAAUCACUUCACGCCUUCUUUGGAAGGUUCUAUACCAACCUUACAUCUAUAGUUGUGGACAGGGUUACUUCAACUUACUCAACCAAUCUACUCUUGGUCACUUUCCCUCCCGCACUAAGGACAUAUAUCCACACUCAGUCCAAUCUAGAUCAAUUCCCAACUUCAAUGAUGGGUGUAACACAUUUGAAUAUCAGCAGGAAUAUCAUAUCAAAGACUAUACCAAGUAAUGAGAGCUGGGCAGGCUUGGUUACAUUGGAUGCUUCAAACAAUAUUCUAAUGAAUGGUGAAAUGUCCAAAGGUGCAUGCACCAUCACCAACAUUAGAAUGGUCAACACAACAUUAUCCAAGUUUGAUGAUUGCUUCCGAUGCUACUACAGUCUCACCAAGUCAUGGUUCAACAGUCUAUCGCUAACACCACUCACAACUCCAUGUCCCAUUAAGUUGGAUAAGACUGAUUUCAAAACUGGAAAGAAUGGUGCUACUGUGACUUUGACUGGCCAGAACCUUGGAUGGGGACAGACGACAUCUAAAGGCUUGAGCUUGGUAAUUCCAAAUCAACAAUUCCUGUACACAAUCCCUCCAUUCCAGGUCACAUCCCCACUCUCAUCACCAAACACCACCAUCACUCUCCACUUCUCCGAUGAUGUCUCCACAACAAUCAAUGUUCUGUAUGAUGUACCAUACAUCAAUGAUGCGAUAUUCUCACAAAACUCAACUUCUGUUGCCCUUGAACUACAGGGUACUUUGGGUACUACUUCUGCCAGUGGUACGACGGUGACAGCAGGUGGCUACACGUGUGAUUACUUCAGAUUUGAUCAAUGA